AUGCACUCCGACGAUGCGGAUGCAAGGGGGAAGAGUGAUACCGAUGUUGCUUCAAUGCCCGAGGGUUCGGCUUCGUGUCAGGCGUUGGAGGAAAUUCCUGUUGGGCACGCAGAGCGUCUUCGCCUCAUGCUGCGGCAGCAUGGGACGACGCCGAGCGCCUUUGACACGCACUCGUUCCUCAAGCGGGUGCUGCUGCAGCCAGAGGGUUUGAUCGCCCAACAGAUGAACGCAUCACUGGAUGAUGUCUGUGCCCUCUACGGUCAUGUUAGUGCUGCUCUUUUGCGCCAAGGCAACUCCCUGCCUUCUCCCACGUCGGUGGCCAGUGCCCUUUCUCGCCGCCACCGCCACUUCAUUUCUACCGGGCAGGGGCCUUUGGAUGCCGCCUUGAGGGGUGGUGUGGGGUGCGGCUUGAUCACGGAGAUCACGGGAGCCUCCGGUGCCGGAAAGACAGCGCUUGCGCUUAGCCUUGCGAUGCGCGCCGCAAGCCACCCCAAAACGGACAGCAGAAGGGCCCGCACGCUGUGGAUCACCACGGACGCUUCUGCGUUCCCAGCGGCGGUGGCGGCGGAGGUGCUGCAGUGGCACCUCGAAGCCCGCAGCUGCAGUAGUGACGGGAGCGGCGAAAACGCGGAGGAUGCCCUUCGCAAUGUGGCGGUGGCGGUUUAUCCCACCCUUGCGCGGCUGCGGGAGUAUUUCCCAGCCUUACGAAGCCACUUGGCACGUCAGACGGGGCUGCGGCUUCUGGUGAUUGACAACUUCUCCCUUCUGGUGCGACGCAGCUUUCCGGGCGUGGAAGACGAGGUGAAGGAGCGCCACGAGGCCGUGGCAGGACUAAUGAGCGUCCUAAAGAGCAUCGCAGAGGAGUUUCGCGUGGCCGUUGUGGUCACAACGGUCUCGGGGGAGGAACUCGGCCACGCGUUCCUUCACGCCGUGAACACGCGUCUUCGCUUGGCGCAGUGCCUAUUGGAGCCCCGAGGCGCAUUGGGGGAACAAGCCGAGGGUCAACCACGGGUGACGCGUGUACUUGAGCUUGUGAAAAGCUCUGCAGCUGCGGGUUGGCGCUUUGAGUGCGAAUUUGACGGAAUGUGUUUGAUGCGAGCACGACCGCUUGACGCCACUGCGGUGCUGCUGUUUGAAGAUGCCGCACUGUUCGGCGUGGACCCCAUUGGCCAUGUGACUAUCCCAACAUUUGUCUAUUGCUGA